AUGUCUGUCUUGGAUCUGUUUGUGGCUGGCUCUGAAACCACAUCUACCACCCUGUGCUGGGCUUUUCUCUAUAUGGCAAAGUAACCAGAGAUCCAGGCAAAGGUCCAGGAUGAAAUAGACAGUGUGAUUGGACACUCCAGACAGCCGUCCAUGGAUGAUCGGGCAAAACUGCCCUACACUGACGCCGUCAUACACGAGGUCCAGAGAAUAGGGAACAUACCGGUUCCUCUCAGUGUGCCUCAUGACACCAACAAGGACAUUCAGCUUAAAGGCUACACAGUCCCAAAGGGAGUUACAGUAAUCCACAACCUGACCUGGGUGCUGUUAGACAAGAAAGAGUUGGAGACAGCUAACACCUUCAAUCCAGGACACUUUCUAAACGAGGAGGGCAAGUUUGUCAAGCCAGCUGCUUUCAGCCCUUUCUCUGCUGGAAAGCGGGUGUGUCUCAGGGAGAACUCCAUGCCUGCUGGGGUGAAGCCUGUGAUGGACUUCCACUUUGGUGUCACUCUGGCACCACGUCAAUAUGAAAUCUGCGUAACCUCAUGCUAA